GUCUACCUGCUCCUUCGGAAUUAAGAAGGGGCAACUCUCGGGCACCACCAACCUUCAACAGGAAAGCGUUCUCGGAAAAAGAAGAUUUGUUCCUAUGCUAUUUUAGUGUAAAUAGUUCACCAGUCGUCACUAUGGUGAGCAACAAAUGAGGGUCCCUGAAUGCGCUAAUUUCGCGACGCUCCCUCGCUUGGGCUACGGGCAGAGACGCGUGUGCACCAAGAACUACAUUUCCCAUGUGGCAUCGAGUCCGACCCGGAAGUUUAAAUCUCGCUCUCUACGGGAAGAGUGUAGUGAAUAAAAGUACACCUAAAAACACAAGCACGCGGGGUUUUUGUUGUUUUUAGAUGAGUAAGUGCUGUCUUGCCUCAGUGGGAGCCAUCUUUCAGAAAAGCAGCUUCUUUAAACCCCAAAACGCGUUCCUGAGCUUCUGUAGGCAGGGUGGCGCUCGGGCCAGAAGGCAGAGGUCACCGGACCGAAUUGGCGGGAGAAUAAGAUUGGAGCCCAGGAGCUGAAGCUGCCCCGACUUCUUAAGGAGUAAUGUGAGGAUUCUUAUUCUCUCAGAAGCUACCAAGAGCAGAACAGGCAGUGCCACUGUGGUAGCAGAAGCUAUCCUGGGAGGAAGCAUAUCUGCCGUGUACUUGAAGAAACUCGUGGCCUCUGAUGGCUCCUGUGAAGAUCAGCCAUGUAGUAUCAUUUUCCUCUCAGGAUCCCAAGUAUCCUGUGGAGAACUUGCUGAACCCAGACAGUCAUAAGGGACCUUGGCUCAGCUGUCCUCAGGACAAGAGUGGGAAACUGGAAGUGGAGCUUCAGCUGGAGAGGGUGGUCCCCAUAAGUUACAUCGACGUCGGUAACUGUGGCUGUGCUUUCCUGCAGAUUGACGUGGGUCGUUCUUCCUGGCCCCUGGACAGACCUUUCGUCACCCUUCUCCCUGCAACCAUGCUAAUGUCCCUCGCUGAUUCAAAGGAGUGGAAGAACCGCUCAGGAGUCCGGAUGUUUAAACAUGAUGAUUUCCUGACUCCAGCCUCAGGAGAAUCAUGGGAUCGACUUCGACUGACAUGCUCGCAGCCUUUCACACGUCACCAGUCCUUUGGCCUGGCCUUCCUCCGGGUGCGGUCCUCUCUGGACCCCUCAGCUGACUCUGUGGUGGAUCUCCCUGCCCUGGGAGGCUCUGGGCCGACCCAGAACGCUUUGGAUAUGCUGGAGUCUGAUCCUAGGCCCUGGCUGACUAAUCCUUCUAUCCGGAGGACAUUCUUCCCAGAUCCCCAGACGAGCACCAAGGAAAUUUCAGAGCUCAAGGGUAAGCUGAAGCAGUUGCAGCCAGGGCCGCUGGGGCGGGCGGCCCACAUGGUGCUUUCUGCUGCCAACAGGGCACCUCCGGCCGGUGUGGUGAGCCCAAAGAACAGCCAUGGGGAACCAGGUCCCAGUCAUCCAAAGAGUGCAGAGCCCAGAGCAGAAGAACAAAACAGGAAGAAUGAUGUGGGCAGAAGGAAGAGAAGGAAAUUGCAGGACCAAAGACCGUUGUCCAACUCAAGUUCUCAGCCAGAUAGGAGGCGGGCAGCAAGAGCAAGGCAGAGACAGCACCGACCUCAGACCAAGAAUGACAAAGAUGCCCAGGCGACUGGACAGUGUCCCAUCUGCACAGGCUCCUUCAGCAUGGAGACUCUCCCUUUGCAUGCUGCCACUUGUGGAGAGAGCUCCCCAUCCCAGCCAUCUUCUCCCUCCUCCUCGUCUUCCUCGCCAUCUGUGCUGAGAUGUCAUCGUGUGGUACUAACACAAGUUCCCCUGUCCCCGGGGUACAGGCCCAACUGGACUGAGAUUGUGAACAAAAAGCUCAAGUUCCCACCCACGCUCUUGGGGGCCAUUCAGGAGGGCCAGCUGGGUCUCGUGCAGCAGCUGCUGGAGUCAGGCAACGACGCCGCCACCUCGGGUGCUGGGCCUCUGCGGAAUGUGGAAGAGUCUGAGGACCGCUCCUGGAGGGAAGCCCUCAACCUGGCCAUCCGGCUGGGCCAUGAGGCCAUCACUGAUGUGCUGCUGGCCAACAUCAAGUUUGACUUCCGGCAGAUCCACGAAGCCCUGCUAGUGGCAGUGGACACGAACCAGCCAGCGGUGGUGCGUCGCCUGCUGGCUCGGCUGGAUCGGGAGAAGGGUCGAAAAGUAGACACCAAGUCUUUCUCGCUAGCCUUCUUUGACUCAUCAAUUGAUGGCUCCCGCUUUGCCCCUGGGGUCACUCCACUCACACUAGCCUGCCAGAAAGACCUGUAUGAGAUUGCCCAGUUGCUCAUGGACCAGGGCCACACUAUUGCCCGGCCCCACCCAGUUUCCUGUGCCUGCCUCGAGUGCAGCAAUGCCCGCCGAUACGACCUGCUAAAAUUCUCAUUAUCCCGAAUCAACACCUACCGCGGCAUCGCAAGCCGGGCCCACCUCUCACUGGCCAGCGAGGAUGCCAUGCUGGCUGCUUUUCAGCUCAGCCGGGAGCUCAGGCGCCUUGCACGAAAGGAGCCUGAAUUUAAGCCUCAGUACAUUGCCCUGGAGUCGCUCUGCCAGGACUAUGGCUUUGAACUGCUGGGCAUGUGCCGGAACCAGAGUGAGGUCACGGCAGUGCUAAAUGACACGGGUGAGGAUAGCGAGACUGAGCCUGAGGCUGAGGGCCUGGGCCAGGCCUUUGAGGAGGGCAUCCCCAACCUGGCAAGACUGCGGUUGGCUGUCAACUACAACCAGAAACAGUUUGUAGCUCACCCCAUCUGCCAGCAAGUUCUGUCUUCCAUCUGGUGUGGGAACCUGGCUGGCUGGCGUGGAAGCACCACCAUCUGGAAGCUCUUCGUCGCCUUUCUUAUCUUCCUCACCAUGCCCUUCCUCUGCAUUGGCUACUGGCUGGCGCCCAAGUCCCGGCUGGGCCGCCUGCUAAAGAUCCCAGUGUUGAAGUUCCUGCUGCACUCAGCCUCCUAUCUGUGGUUCCUUAUCUUCUUGCUGGGAGAGUCCCUGGUCAUGGAGACUCAGUUGAGCACCUUUAAAGGCCGCAGCCAGAGUGUCUGGGAGACUUCACUACACAUGAUUUGGGUCACGGGCUUCCUGUGGUUUGAGUGUAAGGAGGUGUGGAUCGAGGGCUUGCGCAGCUAUCUCCUGGACUGGUGGAACUUCCUGGAUGUGGUCAUCCUCUCCCUGUACUUGGCAUCCUUUGCCCUGCGCCUCCUCCUGGCGGGGCUUGCCUACAUGCACUGCCAGGAGGCCUCCGACAGCACCACGUGCCGCUAUUUCACCACUGCUGAGCGGAGUGAGUGGCGCACAGAGGACCCCCAGUUCUUGGCCGAGGUGCUCUUUGCUGUCACCAGCAUGCUGAGCUUCACCCGACUGGCAUAUAUCCUGCCAGCUCACGAGUCCCUGGGCACUCUGCAGAUUUCCAUUGGCAGGAUGAUCGACGACAUGAUCCGGUUCAUGUUCAUCCUCAUGAUCAUCCUGACCGCCUUCCUCUGUGGCCUCAACAACAUCUAUGUGCCGUACCAGGAGACCGAGCAGCUGGGCAAUUUCAACGAAACGUUUCAGUUUCUAUUCUGGACCAUGUUCGGCAUGGAAGAGCACAAGGUGGUGGACAUGCCUCAGUUCCUGGUGCCCGAGUUCGUGGGCCGAGCCCUGUACGGCAUUUUCACCAUCGUCAUGGUCAUUGUGCUGCUCAACAUGCUCAUUGCCAUGAUCACCAACUCCUUCCAGAAAAUUGAGGACGAUGCUGAUGUGGAGUGGAAGUUUGCUCGCUCCAAGCUCUACCUGUCCUACUUCCGAGAAGGCUUGACGCUGCCUGUGCCCUUCAACAUCCUGCCCUCCCCGAAGGCUGCCUUCUACCUUGUCAGGAGAAUUUUCUGGUUCGUUUGCUGUUGCUCCUCCUGCUGCAAAGCCAAGAAGUCGGACUACCCCCCCAUCCCAACCUUUACCAACCCUGGGGCAAGGGCAGGGCCUGGGGAAGGAGAACGUGGAUCCUACCGCCUUCGGGUUAUCAAGGCUCUGGUGCAGCGCUACAUAGAGACUGCCCGGCGCGAGUUUGAGGAGGCCCGGAGGAAAGACCUGGGCACCAGACUGACAGAGCUGACCAAGACUGUGUCUCGACUGCAAAGCGAGGUAGCCAGCGUGCAGAAGACUCUGGCGGCAGGCGGGACACCGCGGCCUCCCGAUGGCGCUAGCAUCCUCAGUCGCUACAUCACCCGAGUGCGCAACAGCUUCCAGAAUCUGGGCCCCCCCACCCCUGAGACCCCAGCAGAGCUGACCAUGCCAGGGAUUGUGGAGGCCGAGGUCUCUAUAGAAGCUGGCCUUCAUGCCAUAGGAGAGGCUGAGACUCCAGCGUCUGGAGAGCCCAGCCACUCCUCCCCUGCUCAUGUGCUGGUGCACAGGGAGCAAGAAGCAGAGGGGGCAGGGGACCUGCCCCUAGAGGAAGGCCUGGAGACCAAGUGUGAGUCCUAACACAACAGAAGGGUCUCUUCUGUCACUGACUGCAGCAGCCUUCUUGGAUAGAGCAAGGGUCUCGUAGUAGAAGAUCAUGGUGUUUCUUUGCCUCAGUAAAAUUUCGGCUGUGGAAGUCAGGUAGCAAUCUCCAUCUCUUGAUGUCCUAAGAUCCCUUCUUUGACUUCCCUCUAAAAUGAACCCUAUGUGAGAAUGGCAGAAACAGCUUGCUUUGGGGUCUAGGGUUCAGAAUCCUACUUUGGGGUUCCUUAGGUCUUUAGUGGAAAGAGUUUUGGCCUAGGAGGCUGGAGGCCUGGAAGAUAAGAGACCAGGGGAGCAGGAGGCCUGAGGGGGGGGAGGGCACUGAGA